UACGAGGAUUCGCCGCCGGUCAGUCCGCCGCCGCUGGACGCGUUUUUACGCACGGACCGUGUCCAGUUUCUGCGUCUCGUCUGAAAGGAAAAGCCGCCACUUUUCAUUUUUUGGGGGGUUUGUACGCAUUCCAGUCUACAGAUACAUCCGCGUCCACAGAGUGAGUCUUCUGUGAGAGCCGGGCCCGUUGUUUGCAUGCAGGGAAUGACGACUCAUUUCAAGACGAGCAAAGCUUUAAAGGUCAAGAAGGAGGCGGGCGAGAAUGACCCAGCGCUCAGCGACGACGAGCUGGUGGUCAUGUCCGUGCGGGAGCUCAACCAGCACCUGCGUGGGCUGACCAAGGAGGACGUCGUGCGGCUCAAGCAGCGGCGGCGGACCCUGAAGAACCGGGGCUACGCUGCCAGCUGCCGCAUCAAGCGGGUCUCCCAGAAGGAGGAGCUGGAGCGGCAGAAGAUAGACCUGCAGCAGGAGGUGGACAAGCUGGCCCGGGAGAACGCCAGCAUGCGGAUGGAGCUGGACGACCUGCGAGCCAAGUACGAGGCCCUGCAGUGUUUCGCCCGGACUGUGACCCGCGGGCCCCUCUCGCCGGGCAAGGUGGCCAACACCAGCGUCAUCACCAUGGUCAAGUCGGCCAACAGGCACAACAGCUCCAGCCCGACCCCGUUCUCGACCCUGUCCUAGUGGCGACAGGACUGGGCUCUCCUCGUCCUGCCUGGUCCUGCCCGGCUCCGACCCCGCCUGCACCCGCUCAUCCUGCACUGAGAGGACGCUCAGUAGUUAGACUGAGGGAUGGGAUGGGGGUGGCAAGCUCCAAGUUCUGAAUUCACCGAUCUUCGUUUUCCUCCUUCUGUCUGAUUUACACAUUCUAAGUUGUCUGUGCACUGUGCAACCCCCCCCCCCACCCCCCCAGCACCGGCAGGGUUAUGGUGCCUCUGUGACCCCCCCUCGUCCCCGACUGAUGACAGAGAUUUGUUUGACCUGCCUUAAUUUGCCAGCAUCGGCCUAGGACACCUCAUACACCUAUGGCCAUUGAGCGUAGAACACAAGAGAUUCAAGUCGCGUUCAUAUGUGACAGCAAAGCCUUUUUCUAAGUUACAUUUUCUUAACGCAAAAGUGCCUCAGCCGCCGAAGCUGCUGCCUUAAAGAGGAUCCACGAUCGAUCCCUUGUGUAGUUUAACACUUCUCCACGGCCACAUUACCAGUGAUCUCCAUCCCGAUAUGUUCCCUCGUCUCCUCUGGGGGGUGGAGGGUUUUGUUGGAGUGAGAUCCUCCACACGACCUGUCACAGGCUGUUUGAAGAGAGUUUGAACUAUGCAGCUGAUGACGUUUGGCCAAUGGGCUCCAGUUGUUUUUUUUAUCAUGCAAAAGGUUGCUCGGUGGUGAGUCAUGCCAAAUACUUUGAGAGUCUGGGAGCUGAUCUUAGAUAAUAGUCAGCACCCUCCAGGAACAGUCUUUAGAGUUUAUGAGUAACAUUUUUUAAUUUGCUUGUAAAAAAUAAAAACACGUCGCCGGUAGCAGCAACUCCGAUUCAUUUUAAUUUGCUGUCUUAAUAGCUCGUUGGCCAAACGCGACUCCUGCCGGUGAGAAAUAGUUGAAUCUGUCAGUGGGGCUUGUGAUGUUGAAAAAGUUGGAGCCUGAUCGGACGGAGCUUUCAGAUUCUGUUUGCAUCUUUUCAGUUCCCCCCCCCCAUUUCACUCGAGAAAUGAAUCACAAUUUCUGCUUUUGAUUAUUUGAAACGAGUUGAAUUACACUUGAUUCCAACAGAUUUUUUUAAAAACUAUUUAUCUGAACACGGGGACUCGGGAAGACUAAAUAUGUAGAAAAGGUGAUUACACAUCAUUUUGGACCAGAUUCCUUCGGAUGCGCUUGGUUCUCACACUCGUCCGGCGUCAGUCGUUAUGUAGCACUUAUAAGGAAACUGUUAAGAUGCAGUAUAAACAAUUCACAUAAGAAACUGAUCCCGGGGGGGAAUGAGACGAUGACAGAUAGAAGCUCUUCUUGCUUUUCUGAAAGUUACUGAGGCUGAAAGUGCACAACGAUUUAAUGUGGUUUGACCACUUAUUGCAAGGUCAAGCCUUACGUAGCUGAGGGUGGUUUACUCUGUAUGCAACAGCACUUACUGGGUGUGUGUGUGUGUGUGUGGGGGGGGGGGGGGGUGCCUCUUUCCUUUAAAUGCCACUCUUUGGUAGGUAAUCCAUAUUGGAUAACGUGUAAUGAGAGCGGUUAUGACGAGUGAAAUGCAAUCAGGGUCACUUCCGGUAUAUUUACAGAUUUACAGUCGUCACUCCGUCCAAAUACAAAUCAUUCCUACCGCCGGGUCACGAGGAGCGCUGCUGCCGGUGUUGGUCACUCUGAAACGGUAGCUCUUCACUUUGCUUUUGACACACUCUUCUGCAAGAGAACUCCUGACGCCCAUCUCUAGUAACAGUGGUGUCACGGCAACUAGAAAGAAAACAAAAAAACAAACAAGAAAAGACGUGGUUAUUAACACCGUCCUCCUGUUGAACGUUUUGAAAUAUUUAAAAUAUGGAUCAUCACUUGAAAUCAAGCCGUUCUUACCGAGGAUCCAUUCCAGAUUUGGAGUGAAGUGAAUAGAGAUUGAUCAUGUCAGGAUUUUCUCUGGGCUAAGAGGACACGACUGUUCUUCCCCUGUUCCAUAGCUGCAAAGAACAGUACGGGGAACUUUGCUGCUGUACAACCUGCUGUGAUUUUGAAGCGGGGGCAUUGCUGUGUUCCUACUCUUUUUUUUUGUAUUUUCCCUUGGUUUCUAUGUUGAUGCAACUUAUGCUCCCUUUCUGAUACUUAGUUUUAUAUGCAUAUACAGUAUAUUAUAAAUAUAUAUAAAUAUAUAUAUAUUACAUAUUUUUCUAUAUUUAUGUCUUUUACUAUCCUGGGAGUGGUGUGAUUAUGUAAUCGUUCUUUAAAGUCCAAGUAUGUUGAUGCUGACCUUUUUUUUCCUGAAAGAAAAGUUGUAUUCACAUUUACAAUGAGAAAACUAUUCUCAUAACUUAAGCCUUCUUUGUGAGUAUUUAUAGCCCUGGAAUAGUUCUUCUCAGCACAAUUAAUAUUCGUCUCAUCCACAAAUCGGACAGACGUCGACUAUGGUUACAAAUGAGCUGCAGUUCAUUAUCGCUAAACGGUCCAAGAAUGAACUGUUUAAAAACAGAAACUAUAUUUUGACUGCUGGUUCACCCCGUCGGUGAAGAGCGUCAUAUUUAACAUCAUAAAUCCUUCAUAAUAUGGCAGUGAAACAACAGGCAAUACAGCUUAACAUUUAAUGAAGCAAGAGGUUACAAGUCAAACUAUCUAUGCAAAGGAAUUCACAUAUUUAACAUUAAGUCUGGAUCAUUUGGAUGGAAAUUUAUGCCCAACAUGUGCUCUUUAGCACCGAUAUCAAUUAUCUCAGAUAUAGAAAUCAAUUUCAAUUUGAAGGGCACUAGAGCGCAAACCUCCACCAGUCCCCUUAUGGAACCACAUUCAAAUCCACUAGAUUCAGAGUUUUAUGUUAAUCUGCGCCACACGUAAAUAUCGGCGACCCUAAACAUGACAGAUCUUUUUUAUCAUCAAGAUCCAUGAAUUAUUCUGAUAAAUUAACGAAUAAUGUUUAAAGAAAGUGAAAACAAAUUCCUAAAUCCACCCCCUGAUCUGGAGCCACACGUUGAAUAUGGGCUUUCCCGACCCAUACUGGAUCCUUCCAUCAAGUUUGUUGGGGGGGCGUCCAGUUGUUUUUGCGUAAUCCUGCUAGGUAACACAGACAAACAAACGUAACCUCCUCAGUGGAGGUAAUAGUUCAAAAGAAAAGCACAUUAUUAUUUGUGUUCCUAAAACGGAGAGUUAACCGACAUGUAAACCGGUGUGGACUCUGUAUCGUAAACACGACAUUUGAUGUUGUCGACAGUUUUAAAAGACGAUGACUGUGACGCUUUUGUAACCGCAAAAGAAAUAUAUACUCUACUUUAACUUUACCUGAAAUUAAUAUUCCGAAGCUGCUAAAGUUGAAGGUCAUUGAGGAAUUUAAAGACACAUGUUGCAUGUUUACAAAAGUCAUUUUUCCGCACAUUGCAAGAAAAUACUGCUCAAAGCAAUUUCCGAGAAAAAUACAAUGACCUCUUGAAAAACCGAGUGCUGUUGAACGAGGCGUAAUGUUCAGUCAUUACUGUAUUUGGAUCAUGUGAAUGAUUUUUUUGGUAACACAGUGUAUAUAUACGUUUUUAUAGAUAUAUAUAUAUAUUUACUGUGGCAUGUUAAAAGACAAACCUCUCGGCAGGUGAAUUCAGAUUUAAACCUCCAUCCAGUUACCCAGCUCCGCUCAUGCUCUGAAACACAAGUUGCUCUUGUGUUAUUUUCCCACCAGCAAACACUUGCCUGACACAAUAAUUUCACGUUAUAUGAUAAAACAAUAAAAGCUGCAACUUUUUCUUUUUUUUUCAAAUCAAUUUAGGGAGCAUUAUGCAGAUAUGAAUAUUUUAUGGGUGAAAAGAGGCACAAAGCAUCACCUACCAGGGAUGUUUACUGAAAGUGGUCUGAGCGGUAGAAGCAAGUGAAGCUUGUAGCUGUAAUCGAACUGUUUAUCAAGGUAUCAAUUAUUUUACUUUCUUUUAUAUAUAUAUAUAUAUAUAUAUAUAUAUAUAUAUAUAUGAACCAUGACAAUGCAAUUGUAUGUACAAAAACGAGGUGGCUCAUCUUGACCAUACGUAGGUGUUCAAGAUGAGUUUAAAAUGUCGUCCUGAAAACGUGUGUCUUUGAGUGAAUAAGCUUUCACACACAAGCUUUGCCAGCCCUACAAGCUACAGUGUUUGACUUUCAGCCGUGUAGAAGGUCAAGAUUUAUUACUGUAGAUUCAAGAGAUUUAUAUGUGCCUAUAAAUUCAGUCAGAAAAAAGAGAGCUCCAUGGUAGUAGGAAUGGGAUUUGUGUAUGGAUUACAUGGUUGUGGGUGAUGUAAUGGAUGCAAUUCAUUGAAUGUUAAUUCAACAGCAGCAGUUUCUAUGUCAAGUUUGUACCUAAAAGAUUAUUUUUGUUUUGGUCUCAUGGCAACACACUGAGGCUCAUUGAGUGACGUUAAGGAUGGUAACAAGGCAGCAUGUCUGCGAGUAUGUACCCUUCACAACUUGUCAUUAUUCUGCUCCUAUAUUUUUUAUAUUUAUUUCAUGAAUUUGUGUAAUUGAAACAAAAAACAAAACCUAAAUUAUUUGUUAUUUUACAUUCAUUUAUUUACAUGUUUUCUCAAUGAACUACCCUCAUGUACAAAUAAAAUCUGUAUUUGUUUUUCUGCUCUGUUUUAAGUAUGGUAACUUAUUCCUCUAAAUAGAUCUGCUGUGUCUGUUUUUGUACCUUCAAAUAAAGCUUCUUUCCUCAC